GCCGUGCCCCUCGGGAGGUAGCUCUGUGAUCAUAGAGCUGGCUGGAUGCCGGGGUAGAGGGAACCGGAAGUUAUUUUCGCCCCCAGUCCUGGGCCGGUCGGGUCCGCGGGCCGGCUUGGGUUGUUGCUUCUGUGGAGGCUCGUAGGGUCCUAGGGGUGCCCCCGGGGUGGGCCUGCUGUUGACCCGGCUCAUACUAGUGCCAGCUUCCGGAAGCCCAGUGAAUUCCUCGGUCUCCUAGCAACCUGGGACCCGGCUGCCCACUGAGGGAGUGGCGGCGCGGUCCAAACUGGUCUCGUGCCGGCCGGAACCCCCGAGCCCGGCCCACAAACAGGAGCUUCUUCCCGAGGAGCUUGGAAGAAUAAACAGGAAAUGGCGGACGAGGCGUUGUUUUUGCUUCUCCAUAACGAGAUGGUGUCUGGAGUUUACAAGUCCGCGGAGCAGGGGGAGGUGGAAAAUGGACGCUGUAUCACUAAAUUGGAAAACAUGGGGUUUCGAGUGGGACAAGGAUUGAUAGAAAGGUUUACAAAAGAUACUGCAAGGUUCAAGGAUGAGUUAGAUAUCAUGAAGUUCGUUUGUAAAGAUUUUUGGACUACAGUAUUCAAGAAACAAAUCGACAAUCUAAGGACAAACCAUCAGGGCAUCUAUGUACUUCAGGAUAACAAAUUUCGUCUGCUUACUCAGAUGUCUGCAGGAAAACAAUAUUUAGAACAUGCAUCUAAGUAUUUAGCAUUUACAUGUGGCUUAAUCAGAGGUGGCUUAUCAAACUUGGGGAUAAAAAGUAUUGUAACAGCUGAAGUGUCUUCAAUGCCUGCCUGUAAAUUUCAGGUGAUGAUACAGAAGCUGUAGAACAUACUGAAAAUACAAGGAAGACUUCAACAGUGUAAAGAGAUAAAUUAUUCAUGUAUAAAGUAUUUCCAAGUAGCAAUUAUUUAAUUACAUUGUUGGACGUUUGUAUUGAUAUAAGCUAUUUGCUAACUUAUAAAUUGAGAUGUGCACUCUUAUGCAGGAAUAAGAUAUUUUACCAGUUUAACAAGGACCAGAUGAAAAGACAUUCUAUCAUAAUCUACCUUCUUGAAAACAUACAGAAUGAAAACCUGAUUUCAGAUAACUAAACUAAACAUCAAGAUUAAGGACCCUUAUUUUAAACAUUCUUAUUUGUUGAUUGAGAUGUGUAUUUAACUACAAAAGAAGCAAAAUUCAGGAUUUGAUAUGAUAAAUUGGCAUAAAGUAUGCAUCAAUUAGAACAAUCGGUAUAAGGAUGAACAGAUUUUAUUUUAUGAGUUUGUUUUAUUUUAAAAAGUAAACAGUACACUAAAACUUAAUAUUUUAUCUUAUUCCUUACAGUUUAUUCCUGUUAAGAAUUUUUAUGCCUGUGUAAGGAUUUCAUGGUAUAUGUAUGUGUGGUGGUGCAGAUAUGUAUGUCAUAUUUGACUGCCUAAAUUGCUAAAAAAUUUAUUUGAUAAAUAGAAUUCAAUCCUUAAGAACUCCAUUAAUGUAAAGUGAAAUAUAGAUUAAUUUAAAUGUGAAAUCGGUGACUUUAGGGCCAAAGAAUAUUAGGUAUUUUAGAACAGAAUUUUUAUACUUAACUCCUGUUACAUUCUACACUUUCAGUUUCUCUCCCCAUACAUAGAAGGACUGGAGAUGGUUCUAACAUCUUUAUCCCCUUGUUUACUCUCCCUAGAGGGCAGAGGGUGGAUAAUUAGAUUACUCACACCAACAUUCAUUGGACCAUGUCUUCUCAGUGGGUUGAGAUCCCUACUCAUAUCUCUCUCAUUUUACUCUACCUGAUGACCAUGAAAGGAAUAGCAUGAAGAUGAAAGCCAUCACACUGAGGACAGCAGGAUACAAAUUGUGCUUCUGGUCACCUCUGAACUCUGUGAGAUAAUAAAUUCUUCAUAUUGUUCAGUUCAUACUUGGCUUUGAUUUUUGUAUUUGU